AUUAAUUAGAUUAAAUAAUUUAGAUCGUGUGUUGAUAAGAACGCGCCAUCUGUCCAAUCUCCUUCAUCAAAGCCUUAGGACCUCGUCUGAGUCUCCCCGUCUCACUGCACACCAACCUCAACCUCAACCUCUGCUAAGGUAUGGCAUCGUCUGAUAAGCCAGAAAUAGUUGAUAGAGAAUCUGACAAGAAAGAGCACAAGGAAGAUGACAAAGGUGAAGAACAGGGUGGAUUUAUUGAGAGGGUAAAAGACUUUAUUCAUGAUAUUGGUGAGAAGAUUGAGGGAGCAAUUGGAUUUGGAAAGCCAACUGCAGAUGUUUCAGAGAUCCACCUUCCUUAUAUCAGUCUUGAAAAGGUAGACAUUGUGGUUGAUGUGCUUAUUAAAAACCCAAAUCCUGUCCCUGUUCCUCUUAUAGACAUAAAUUAUUUAAUUGAGAGUGAUGGGAGGAAACUGGUUUCUGGAUUGAUCCCGGAUGCUGGAACCAUUCAUGCACACGGUGAGGAGACUGUCAAGAUUCCAGUUACUUUGAUAUUUGAUGACAUAAAGAGCACAUAUGAUGAUAUCAAGCCUGGAAGCAUUAUUCCUUAUAAGAUUAAAGUUGACUUCAUUGUGGAUGUACCUGUUUUUGGAAGGCUAACCAUACCACUUGAGAAAACUGGAGAGAUCCCCAUACCGUACAAGCCUGAUAUUGAUGUUGAGAAGAUUCACUUCGAGAGAUUUUCUUUUGAAGAAACUGUUGCUGUUCUUCAUCUGAAAUUGGAAAACAUGAAUGACUUUGACUUGGGCCUCAAUUCACUGGAGUAUGAGGUUUGGCUAUCUGAUGUGAGCAUUGGAGAAGUUGAGCUCUCUAAAUCUGCUCAAAUUCCCAAAAAGGGGGUCAGUAGCAUUGAUCUCCCCAUCACCUUCAGGCCUAAGGACUUCGGUUCUGCUCUUUGGGACAUGAUUAGAGGAAAAGGUACUGGCUACGCCAUGAAAGGGAUUAUCCAUGUGGACACACCCUUUGGAGCGAUGAAGUUACCUAUCAGCAAGGAGGGUGGUACAACACGCCUCAAGAAGAACAAGGAAGAUGGUGGUGACGAUGACGAUGAUGAGGAAUAGAAAGGCACUACCUUGGAUUGAAGUGUCAUGUAGCGGCUGUUCUGUUAUUGGUAGUGUUUUAUUAGAAUAAUAGGGAUCAUUAAUAUGUAUGUUUGAGUACGUGUGAAUUUGUUGAAUAUUCACAAUGUGGCGUGUUAUUUUUAUUUUAAAGCCACUUUGGACCUGCAGAUGGAACUUCUGCUUGCUUAUUCUGUUUCUUUUAUUUUCGUUUCUUUUCCUUUUGUUUCAGUAAUAUAUUGUGUUGCUUAUGCGUUACAUUCCGUAUAACCUAUGUUUA